AUGAUAACACACAAGCCACCUGUGGCUGAAGUGGAUCACGAACGGUCAAGUUGUGGCGGUGAACGCGAGGAACCCAGGAUCCCUACAAGGUUUUUCCCAGGAGGAAACAUUGGCCCGCAUACUGCCUCGCUGAUGUCGUGUGAUUACGCUUUGACAGUCAUACUGGGCAUCCAACAGGAUACUCUCGCAAACGUCAUCUGUCUCGUGGAUACAGUUUCCUAA